AUGGAUAUAACAGAUUUUUUUACAAUUGAAACUCCACCAUCGUCAUCAACAAGUAAAGAUUCAACAGAUGAAUCAUUAUCAUCAUUUCAAUCAAAAAAUAAAUUUAAAUUAUCAAAAACAAAUAUCGAACAAAAAUCAAAUGAUUCUAAUAUUUGUUCAACAUUAAAAUCUACUUUAAUAUCAAAUUCAAUUCCAAUCAAAGAUGAUGAGUUUGAUUUUUCAUCAUAUGAUGAUAGUCAUACACCAUUACGUCGUACUCUCGGUAAUACAAAAUUAAAAACUCGUCAAGAUGUUCGUCGUUUUCGUAAAUUUUUAAGACGUAAUUAUGAAUUAUCAUCAAUGGCACUUGUUGAUAUUGAUCCUGAUACAAUGCGUACUUAUUUAAUACAUUAUUUAACAUCAAUUCGAACACGUAAAGGUUCAAAAUAUGAUCCUGAAACAUUACGAUCAUAUUAUUUAAGUAUACAAAGAUUUUUAAAAGAUUCAAAUUAUCCAUAUUGUUUACGUAAUUCACCACAAUUUUCUCAAUGUCGAGAUUUAAUUAUUCAAAUGAGAAAAGAAAAAAAUCAAAUAAAAACACAUGAUUUAUCAUUAACAGAAACAACUGAAAUAAAAAAUAAACGAAUAACAACGAAAAAAAUUUCAACAAUACAACAAAUCUAUCAAACACCAGUGAAUUAUAAUUCUGAAAAGCAACAAAAACAAAAACAAGAAAUUCAACUUGAUGAUCAAUCAAAUUCUCUAAAAACUACUGUUUCAAUAGCAUCAAAUAAUUGUCUUAUAUCAACAAAAGAUCUUCUUCCAUCAUCAUCACUUCCACCACGUAAACGACAACAAAUGAAAUAUUUUCUUGAAUUUGGUUCACCACAUGAUUUUAUUCUUCUACCAAAAAAAUCAUUAACAAUACAAUCACCAUCAUGUAUUCUUUCAUCAGAUGCAUAUUUACUUCUUGUUAAAUUUACUCAUUUAUCAUCAUCAUCAUUUAUAUUUCUUUCAUCAUUAAAUUCUUCUUCUGAUCAUCGUUUUAUUCAUCAUUUUGAAAAAUUACUUGAUGAAUCACCAGCAUGUGGAUAUAUUCAACGUUUAAUGUUAACAACAUUAUGUCAUGAAUGGACAGGUGAUAUACGUCUUAUUCAUGCUAAUCUUCGACCAGAACUUAAUUCCUUUUUACCUCAUAUAUUAGUUCUUAAUAUUCUUUCAUCGAAAUAUUCUUGUUAG